AUAGUGCCAGCGAGAGGUAAGACAGUGACUCGCUGUGCUUUCUGCCGGCUGCCUUGCUCCACUUCCACUAGGUUUUGUUUGCAGACUGUAUUGUUGACACAGUCUGUGAUGGUGUUUGUUUGUGUGUUUUGGUGCUCAGGCCACAUCUGACAAGAUGGCAGGAGAAAUUUUCCCCAACUUGGACAACCCAUAUAACACUGACUGUACCAACAUCCAUCCCCUGGUGUGUCAUCUGUGUCAGGAGCAGUAUCAGUCGCCAUGUCUGCUGGACUGCUAUCACAUCUUCUGUGCACGAUGCCUUCGAGGCCGGACCAAUGACAGCCGCCUCAGCUGCCCCCUCUGUGGAUAUCCGUCAGUAGUCAAAGGGAAUAACUCCCUCCCACCUGAGGACCGUCUGCUAAAGUUCCUGGUUGACAACAAUGCAGAAUCAGAGGAGACGGUUCAAUGCGCCAACUGUGACCAGGAGACCAACAGAAUGGACAAAGGGAUGAUGUACUACUGUAACACGUGCAGCCAGCCGCUGUGUGCUGCCUGCAGAGAACUGACCCACAAGGCCAGAAUGUUUUCCCACCACGACAUAGUUUCUAUGGCCAAACGCACCAAAGCCAAACACAGGAAGUGCCCUCUGCACGAGGAGCCAUACAUCCUGUUUUCAACAGAGAAUAAAUCCAUGCUGUGCAUCAAGUGCUUCAGAGACAUGCAAGUAGAGAGUCGGAGUCACUGCAUUGAUAUUGAAACUGCUUAUGUUCAAGGCUGCGAGAUGUUGGACCAGGCUGUGCUGGUGGUGAAAGAGCUGCAGACGUCAGCUCGAGAGGCGAUCGUCCUGCUGCGAGCGAUGAUCGGGGAAGUGUGUCUGAAUGUGGAGGAGGAGGAGAGUGCGAUCUGCAGCCUGUUCAACAGUUUGCAGGAGAAACUCGCAGAGAGGAAGAAGAUGCUGCUCAAAGCCGCUCAGAGUCAACAUGAGGAGAAGGAGAAAGCACUAAAGGAACAGCUCUCACACCUCACCGCCCUUCUACCGACCCUGCAGGUUCACCUGGUCACCUGUUCGGCCUUCCUCAGCUCGGCCAACAAGUUCGAGUUCUUGGACAUGGGCUACCAACUCAUGGAGCGGCUGAAGAGGAUCGUGAAGCUGCCUCAUCGACUCAGACCGGUGCAGAGCAGCAAAAUCAACACAGACUUCAGGAGCGAGUUCGCCUGCUGCCUGGAGCCCCUGCUGCUGCUGGGCCAGCGCUGCCCCCCCUCGGCCGUGGCCACGAGGCUGCAGUCCCCCCUCUCCAUGUCCUGUCGCUCCCCGUCCCUCAGUGAGAUGCCGCUGGGCUCGGCGCUGGGGAGAAGGCCCAACUCGCACCGCAACAUCUGCACCAAGGUGCUGCUGGCCGAGGGCAGGGACACGCCCUUCACUGAGCACUGCCGCAGCUACGAGAGCAGCUACAGGACGCUCCAGACCGACAUCCAGACCCUGAAGGACCAGGUCCAGGAGCUGCACCGGGAUCUGACCAAGCACCACUCCAUCAUCAACACAGAUAAAAUGGGGGAGAUCAUGGACAGGUCGCUGCACAUCGACAGCCUGAUCGCUGCCCAGUACUCCGCCGUUGAGAGCAUGAGGGUCAUGUUUGAAGAGAUCUGGGAUGAGACUUUUCAGAGGGUCAGUAACGAGCAGGAGAUCUACGAAGCCCAGCUCCACGACCUGAUGCAGCUGAAGCAGGAGAACUCCUACCUCACCACCAUCGCCAGGCAGAUCAGCCCCUACAUCCUGUCCAUCGCCAAAGUCAAAGAGAGACUGGAGCCCAGGUUCCAGGAGCCCAAAGAGCACAACGACGACCGCACAGAAACAAUGCUGAAGAUCUAUGAAGACAGCACAGCAGCAAAGGAAAGUCCGGACAGUGACGACCAGAACAUCGUAGACCAGGACCAGGACCGGGACAAGAACAAGCGGCCGCUGAUCCUGGAGUUGGGAGACGGUUCUGUGAAGUCCAGCCGCUCGGGGCGACAGCGAGGCCCCGCGGAGCCGUCGGGCCUCAACCUGACGCCGCCGUAGACAGCACGCCGUUGGAUCCCAAGCCCCGGAAGGAGCCGCAGCAGACUCCAGCUGCACUGAACCUGUCGCCUGCGCCUCAGUGGGGGGCGACAGGACGUAACUAGGACGCCUCGCGUGGACAGACGCGGCCUUUGGUGCUGAGAGCAGCUUUGUGAUGCAGUGAAUCUUCCCCUCUGUCCCGUUUGUGCUUAGACUGUUAAAAUGAUACCUGCACAGAGUCAAA